GCUUCAAGUGGCACGCGUCCGGCGCGCGCAACGCACUGGCACCGGGGCAGGAGCCCAAGGUGAAUCCACGCGACAGGGGGGCGUGGCCAGCCCCACAUCCAAACGUAUUGAAAAGCAGUGGCGUCUUUCCUCGAGUAGUCAGAGUAGCUUUGAGUAGCGCGCGAGGCAGCAGCCCAGCGGACUGCCCACAUUGAAACAAGUGCGCGUCAAACGACCCCAACACGUGAACGGCACGAGCGGGACGCACCGCCCAGAGACUUGGUGAUUCUUUAAAAGUUUGUAUUUAUGUUUAUACUGGAAAUGGACUUCACAGCCAAGAUGGAAAUUAGCAUGAGCCAGCAGCAGAUGAUGCCGCCAGCUUGUUUCUUUUCCUCCGCGGCGGCGCAGAGCAUGCAGCUGAGCCCCAGCGGCAGCGGCAGCAGCCAGGGCAGCGGGAAGUCGGGGUCCAAGCAGCCCAAGAGGCAGCGCUCCACCUCCCCGGAGCUGCUGCGGUGCAAGCGGAGACUGAAUUUCGCGGGUUUCGGCUACAGUCUUCCGCCGCAGCAGCCGCACGCAGUGGCGCGGAGGAACGAGAGGGAGCGCAACCGGGUGAAGCUGGUCAACAACGGCUUCGCCACCCUGCGCGAGCACGUCCCCAACGGAGCCGCCAACAAGAAGAUGAGCAAAGUGGAGACGCUGCGCUCAGCCGUGGAGUACAUCCGGGCCCUGCAGCAGCUGCUGGACGAACACGACGCGGUGAGCGCGGCGUUUCAGUCCGGCGUGCUGUCACCCACCAUGUCGCAGGGAUACACCGCUGACAUGAACUCCAUGGCAGGUUCACCGGUGUCCUCAUACUCAUCCGACGAGGGCUCCUACGACCCCCUCAGUCCAGAAGAGCAGGAACUGCUAGACUUCACCAACUGGUUCUGAGCAUCUAUAUAAGAUAUAUGGAUCAACUCACUUUACUGUUGAAGUGCGCCUGGGAUGGUCCCGGAGGAGGCUGGCUGUCCUCAUGAACAAGACGCACCGUUAACGCGUGUUGGUCCCGGGGCCUUAACGGCCGGUCCUCCCGGACUGACACAAAGACAGACACGGCCUUAAAGUCAUAAACACUUUGGGGGAAAUCAGGCCGGAGAUCAGCACCAAAGGAAUAAAAGGAACACGGGUCUCCUGGCAGCAUGGGAAUCCAAGCUUCUGUGCCCAUGAUAAACAAAAACAACAAACCUUAAAGUGAAUUCAUUGCUCUUCAGCAGCACAUUAAAACACUAUUUAAUACGCCGCUCUUCAUCUAUGCUAAAUCCAAUCCCAGAACUCCCAACCCUUCGGUAAACCUUGCAGACGUUUUAAUUCAGAAAAUGCUUCCGAGUCGAGGAUUUAUUCUAUAAAAUUCUAUAUCAAACGCUUUUUUUGAAAUAUAUUAAGAUAUUUUUGUAUGUAAGAGAUUUAUAGAUGUUUUGUACACAUCCUUUUGUAUAUAUUUUGUCUAUAUAUUGCUUCUAUACCUCCUGCCUAUGUAGACGUGUAGUCUAUUAUUCUCUGGCUCUUCUGUUCACGAGGUUUCCAGAAGGAGUUUGAUACUCCGACGUUUUAUUCCUAGCACCAACGUGUCUUAUUUAAUAGCAACACCAUGUUAUUGCAUUAUGUCAUGAAGUUCACAAUGAUCAAAACUUAUGCAGCUAUUGUCCAAACAGAGCGCGAUGGUCAUGCAUUGUCUCGUUAUACUGCCAGCUCUAUAUCGUCUUCACAUAAACACAUGUUGAAAGUCUUAUAACCAUAUUUUCUACACUCAAGUCCAAGAAUAAAAUG